CCAAUCAUAUUUUUUUAGAAAAACAUUGAUCGCAAAUACAUAUGUUUCAUUCUAGCAUCCCGAUAGAACAAUCAUGAAGAAAUGGAAAAAGAUCUCUCUGUUCGUGUGCGUGUUCGCAUUCGUCAGAGAACUUAGGCCUAUCGAACCGUUUUAUGCGGCUUACAUGACAAGUCCAAUUGUAAACAUCACAUUAACUCAGACGUCUAGGGAUGUUUAUGCGAUCGGAGCGUACUCGUGUUUUGGUCUCAUCAUCAUUGUGUUCCUGAUCACCGACUAUCUAAAAUAUAAACCAGUAUUAAUAAUGGAUGGUAUAUGUGGUAUAAUUGCCUACUGCAGCAUUAUUGGACAUCCGAGUUUGUUGAGAAUGCAGAUUGGCCAAGUGUUCUACGGCUUCUUCUUUUCAUCCGAAGUGGCUUAUUUUGGUUAUUUAUACGCCAUGACCGAUGAUAAACGUUACUACCAAAGGAUCACGGGGCAAGCUAGAGCGGCGUGUCUAUCGGGCAAGUUUUUAUCGUCUUUAUUUGCCCAACUUGUCAGUUUCGUCAACGGUUCAGUUCCUUACGUUGAAUUGGUUUACUUGAGUGUAUUCGGAAUGUUUUUCUCUACUGUUUGGGCCUUUUUAAUGCCUAACGUUACUAAUAGUGUGUAUUUUCACAACGAAAGAUCUGAAUCAAUCGAUCAGCCUACUCCGGCAGUUUCAAAUUCCACGUCUUUCACUGGUGAAUCAAAAAUCAUUCAGGAUAUUGAAUCUCAACCAUCGAAAAUAAAAAUGACCAAUAAGGAAAUUAAUAAAAAUAAAAGUCUGGGUCAAGUAUUAUUAUACUUAAAGAAGGAUUUCAUACGGUCAUAUUCAGAUCCAUAUGUUAGGAAACUUUGUUUAUGGUGGGCUUUUGCUUUCGGAGCAUAUGUACAGGUUUACACGUACAUUAAUGUUUUAUAUACAUAUGUAUUAGAUUUAAACGAGGAUUCACAUUUUACUUUGUAUAACGGUGCGGCAGAAUCAUUGAAUACAUUAAUAGGGGCUAUUGCUGCGUAUUCGAUCGGCAAACUUGAAUUAAAUUGGUUUAAAGUCGGAGACUUGUUUUUAGGAAUUGGUUCUAUACUCGCUGGAAUUGUACUUCUCGGUUGUUUUUACACGAGAACUAUGUGGUUCAUUUACGCUUUCUACAUAAUCUACGGAUGUCUUUAUCAAACCAUGUUGACGGUCGCCGAAUCCGAAGUCGCAAAACGAUUAAGCAGAGAUAGUUACGGUCUCGUGUUUGGAUUUAAUUCAUUUAUAGCUCUGUUCCUACACACACUAAUGACUUACGGCAUCGUUCAAGGACACAUUAUCUCGGUUUCAACGAUACAACAAUUUUUAAUUUAUGCUGUUUACUACAUGAGCAUUGGAGCACUAUUUCUAAUCUUUUCAAUCAAAAAUUAUUUCUCAUCAGGUUCAACCGUCAGUUUUAUAGAAUGUAAGCAAUAAAUUAUAUGUACCUACAUAUAUAUUAAUCUUA